UGCUUAAGAAGAGGCACUGUAGCAGUCAGGACGCGGAAGCUGGGGACAGUGACUCGCUCUGGGAGCAGCCGGAGCACUUCCUCUGCGCGCACUCGAGGGAACCCUCUUGGCGCAUUCGAGGGAACACUGAGAGGGCAGAGCAGUUUCAGGACCAUGGUUGAUCCUGGGAUCAGAAGAGGGAUCCAUCACCCCUUGAGCUUCACCUGCUCCCUGCUCAUUGUGGGAAUGUGCUGUGUGUCUCCUUUCUUCUGUCAUAGCCAGACAGACCUACUGGCUCUUAACCAAGCUGAUCCUCAGUGCUGGGAAUCCUCCUCAGUGCUCCUCCUGGAAAUGCGAAAGCCUCGCAUUUCCAACACUGUGUCGGGCUUCUGGGAUUUCAUGAUCUACCUGAAGACAUCUGAGAACUUGAAGCAUGGAGCACUGUUUUGGGAUCUGGCUCAACUCUUCUGGGACAUCUAUGUGGACUGUGUCCUCUCCAGGAAUCAUGGCUUAGGAAGGAGGCAGCUGUCUGUAAAGGAAGAGAAAAUCUCAGCAGCACAGCCACAGCACACAGGGAAUAAACAAGGUGCAUAUUCUCAGCUUCUAAGAGUCCCUUUCCUAAAGAAGAAAGAGUUGAUUGAAGAUUGGAUAAGCAUGUAUGUGCGCAGGAGUGGGUCUAGAUUCGUUGGAAAAGUAAACCUGGAAAUAAAGAGAAAAUAAAUCUAACCUUAGAGCUAACUCAUGCCUUGGAAUUAAAAAGUGCAUACAUAUUUUUUCUUAAAUAUUGAUCACUUAUUUAUUUUAAUUGGUGAAAAUGUCCAGAGAUAAAAAUUAAUAUGAAAAUUAAAUAAUUCUUAAAGCUUCAUUCUUUUAGGCUGCUAGCAUAUUCCUUCAAACAGUGAUUACUGCCUUCAAACUGUGAUUACUCCGAAGAUGACUUGAGGAUUGGAAGACUAUACUCUGUAUUAAUUUGAUAAUUUGUCUGGGGAUGUUUGACAUUGUAAAUGGACUGGGGAUGCCAUACAUUUAACUUGAAUACAUUGCAUGAAUUCCAAGCCAUUUACCACUGAAUUGCUUGUGCACUGGCAUAAAAGGAACUGUGUUUAUUAAUUGCUAGUUACCACAAUCAGUGAUACUACACUUUGAGAAAAUAUUUUUGAAUACUGAAUGAAGCAAUGAAUAAAAUGAAACAAAAAACUGGAGGAAUAAAGCAUUCUUCUUAUGGAAACAAAAUUAAUAAAUGCUCUGGACCAAGUAA